CUUUGCAGCUGCAAAGCUGGUAAAUGUCAACAUUGAUGACGCUGGUUGGGUGAAUGUGAAUGAUUUGCUGACUUCCGAUUCUUACCACAAGGCUUCUUGCCAUGAUCAGCGAGUCCAAUGCACAGAAAACCCGUUACGAGAUGGAAGAUGAUCCGAAGGGGGGCAAGCGUAUCCGAGCCAUCAGCAAAAGUCGGCGUAAUGCUUUUGCACGGGAACUGCGUGAGAAGGAAAAAAAGGAACGGGAGAAGAAAAGAGAAGAAGAAGCACGAGAACAGCAGCGAGAGCGGGAGACGUUACGGCGGGACCCCGAGCGCCCCGAACAGAGGGACGAGAGGUCCGAGAGGUCCGAGAGGUCCGAGAGGUGGGAUGGGCGAGAAGCUCGAGAAGCUCGGGAGCCUCGAAGGGAGGAUGGUCGUUGGUGGGGAGAGACUUGGCAGGAGGGUCCUACCUACGAGCAGCAGGUCAGAGAGGGCUUUCUGCCUGUAUGGCAAGGCAGCAGGCUAGUGGCAAUGGCCAAGGAGCACCAAACAGUGAGACCUGGAAGACGAGCAAAUGCAUAUGGCGGGAAGGGCUUUGAGGGGAAAGGUGAACAUGCCAAAGGUGAUAAAGGCGAUGGCAAGGGAUACGAUUUCAAGAACGAAGCCAAAGGAGAACGCAAAGGCAGAGGAAAGGAUGAAAAGGGCAAGGAAGGAAAGGGUAAAUUUGAGGGCAAAGGAUUUCACAUGGACAGCAGAGGUAAGGGUGAUGGGUUCAAGCCAGAAGGAUUCCGACAUGAAGGGAAAGAGGAGGAGCAACAUGAGGUCAAAGCGGAUCGAUAUGGCAGGGGCUCGAGGCAGCAGCGCUGGCGAGCUGUCAAUGAUAGAGACAUCAUCGUGCGUGUUGGUUUGGGUAUGGAGACCGAUAUUGUUGGAACACUCUUGGCGGGCUCGUUGGUGACACAGGUUGGUGAGGACAAGAUUGUGAAAAAUGGCAUCGCGCGCAUGUUCAUCGAGUCAAUCGAGCCAAACGCUGGGAUCAAAGGCUGGGUCACCAGGAGCGCAGAAGCAGCCGGUGGUCCUGUGUUCUUCAAGCCUGACCGUGGCAAUGUGAGGGGGGAACCGCGUGGCAAAGAAGGAAAGGUUGGCAAAGGCAGCCAGUUUGGAGGUGAGAAAGGCGAGAAGGGGAAGACUGAUAGCAAGGGAAAGGGCAGAAGACCAGUUGGUGAAGGGGAAACUGCAGGAGGCCGAUUGGAUCAACCUGAUGACCAGCAGCCCCCACCGGUGGUUGCAUCUGCUGAGAGUUCGUGAUGCUUUGUCUGCGGCUGGCUGCGAUAUGAGGAGGGAAUAACCCUUUUUCUGAAUGCAGCGGUUCAGACAGAAUACGAACCUGCAGCCCCUCACU